UGUCACAAUCUGACCUGUGGGUAUUAAUCUGGCCACAGCUGUCCACAGACCAGACGGCAGGGUCAAGAGGACCAGUACAGUAAAGAUGUGGAGGAGAAUCGACCAUCAACCCAAGAUCAAAGCAGGGGAUGAACCUCAGGCGAGCCAGCUCAAAGCUUUGGGUUCAGCUCGGGAACUCGCCAUGCCAAACCCUCUUGAGCUGUCAGCAUUCCGGAGCUUCCCAGUGUUUGAGGACAUUAGCCAUCACAUCAAAGAAGUGGGAGGCCAGCUAGUAAAGAAAGUCAACGCCAUCUUUCAGCUGGACAUCACCAAAGAUGGUAAGAUCAUUCUGCAGUGGACCAUUGACCUGAAGAGUGGCUCUGGGGACAUGUAUCCAGGAUCUUCUAGGCUCCCAGCAGACACUGUCUUCACUAUUCCAGAAAAUGUCUUUAUGGAGUUAGUUUUGGGCAAAAUGAAUCCGCAGAAGGCUUUCCUGGCUGGCAAGUUCAAAGUGAGUGGCAAAGUUCUGCUUGGCCAGAAGCUGGAGAGAGUUUUCAAGGACUGGGCUAAAAUUUAAGCAUGGAAAAAUACCAAGGAAAAGAUCAAAAAUUCUCUCUGGUUACAAUGUCAAGUGGAAAUCAUGCUUAAACUGAAGAUUAAAGUAAAAAGUAUCCAAUAUUUUUACUCAAA